AAAAAAAAAAAAAAAAGAGCGAGAUAUCAGAGCCCACUGACCCUCUUCUGCUGGAGUACAUAACAGCUCCCCGCCUCUGGCUUUGCUAUCCCCACGUAACGGGGUACAUUCUCUCCGCCGCAGUUGCUGCAAUCUCAAGUUGGCAACCCCUCGGCACCCAAUCAACCCAAGUCUGUACACACCGUGACAGCGCCCGCCGCCUUCAAACUGUCACUUUGCGCAACCUCAACACGGCACGUCUGCAAGAUUACUUCCAUCGCAAACAUACUGGGACUUGUCACCUUGUGUAACUUGUGGUCGUCUGGCGUAUCAGGAACACCAAUUGCACUCGUUCGCAGCCUCCGCCUAAAUAUCCGUCAUCUGGACCUUGCAGACUCGAGCUAGAAAAAGAUCGGCAGUACAUCAACAACCUCCAUCUCGCCCGCUUGUUUACCAACAUCCCUACGCUGCGAUACCCUCAGUUGCUUUGGGACCAAUCUGUCGUCUUGAGCCCCCAAUUUCUCUAGGCCUUCGAUAUAUUACAUAUCUCUACCUAUUUAGGCAGCUUCGGUUGCCUUACGCCGACUCGCUCUUCAUCAGAUCGGCAUCUCGGCACAGUUCUACCUCAACGUGAACUAGUACUCAGCCAUCAUCUUGUUGGCGAUUCCACGGUUCACCCAAUUGCGCCGGAUUCGUAUAUUGAGCCCCUCUCCGAAGGGCCCCUCCCGCUUAGCAUUGUUGGUAUUGUUGUCGCCGAACACAGACCGAGGGACGCUCGGGUCGAUUACGUACAACAUACGCACAAAGAAAACCACCUCUGACCAUGGCAGAGCAAGAACACAACGGAGUCAAUGGAUUCCAUUCCGAGUCCGAGCAGAGAAACCAACCCGUAAAUGGUGAUGCGAGCGAGGCCGUCAACGGAAACCCCAGCAAUGGUCUCAGAGUGACGAUUGAAGAAAGCGCCAGCAGCGCCGUCAACGGGGGCUCUCCUACCAACAGCAUGUUAACACCCAUACGACAGAGAAUGGAACGCAAAAAGUCCAGUCCCAUGAUGCCGACGUUCAUGGUUUCGGCACCGGGAAAAGUCAUUGUGUUUGGAGAGCACGCAGUCGUUCACGGCAAGGCUGCGAUUGCUGCCGCCAUCUCGCUGCGAUCUUACCUGCUCGUCAACACGCUUUCCAAGUCCAAGAGAACUGUUACGCUGAAAUUCCCUGACAUCGACUUCAAUCAUUCGUGGAAUAUCGACGAGCUCCCAUGGAAGAUCUUCCAACAACCAGGGAAAAAGAAGUACUACUACAGUCUCGUCACCGAGAUUGACCAAGAACUCGUUGACGCCGUACAACCUUUCCUCGCCGAUGUCUCGAUAGACAAGCCCGCCGACAUUCGCAAGGUGCACCAGAACUCGGCCGGCUCCUUCCUCUACAUGUUCCUUUCCCUUGGCUCACAGUCGUUCCCCGGCUGCCAGUACACAUUGCGCUCGACGAUUCCCAUCGGAGCCGGCCUGGGCAGCAGCGCGACCAUCGCAGUAUGCUUGUCGGCAGCGCUCUUGCUCCAGCUUCGGACACUGUCCGGUCCUCACCCCGACCAACCUCCCGAGGAGGCCAGGCUACAAAUUGAGCGCAUCAACCGGUGGGCAUUUGUUUACGAGAUGUUCAUUCACGGCAACCCCUCGGGCGUGGACAACACAGUAUCAACACAGGGCAAGGCGGUCGUCUUCCAACGGACAGACUACAACCAGCCGCCCUCUGUGCGCCCCCUGUGGGACUUCCCUAAGCUCCCGCUGCUCCUCGUGGACACCAGGACGGCCAAGUCAACGGCGCACGAGGUUGCCAAGGUGGCCACGCUGAAGAAGAAGCACCCGCAGCUGGUGGGCACCAUUUUGACGGCCAUCGACCAGGUCACGCAAAGCUCUGCACAGCUCAUUGAGGAGCAAGGGUUCAACACGGAGGACGAGGAGAGCCUGAGCAAGGUGGGCGAGAUGAUGACCAUCAACCACGGCCUACUGGUGUCACUCGGCGUGUCGCACCCCCGUCUGGAGCGCGUGCGCGAGCUCGUGGACCAUGAGGGUAUCGGGUGGACGAAACUCACUGGUGCGGGUGGUGGCGGAUGCUCGAUCACGCUGCUGCGGCCGGGAGUGCCGCGCGAGAAGCUGGAUAAGCUGGAGCAGCGCCUGGAUGAGGAGGGGUACUCCAAGUUCGAGACAACACUAGGUAGCGACGGUGUUGGCGUACUCUGGCCGGCUGUACUGAAGAACGGGAUGGACGAGGAUGAGGAGGGCGGUAUGGAGAUCGACCUUGAGAAGUUCCUCAGUGCGGACAGUAACGAGGCGCUUGAGAAACUUGUCGGUGUACAUGGCGACCGGGGCGAGCGGGAGGGCUGGAAGUUCUGGCGGGUUGAGAACCGGGACUAGAGAGUGUGGGCUGAGCUGAUUUGGGACGUUAAUGGAGUCAGUCCCCCAUGUCGGUGUGCAGGCAAGGGAUGACAGACAGGCAUCUUGGUGUUGAGGGUCUCUCUCUCCCCCCCACGAUACCUAAAACGAGCUGGCAGGAGGCAGAUCCCUGAUUAGACUUCCUCACUUCAGUUGUACAUAUCGCGUUCUAUUCUUGUUGGACGCGAAGAUGGAACGAUUACUACGUAAUGAAUAUUACUUAUUUAAUGAGGGUGUAUAUUAGAAGAUUAGUGGUAAUGAGGUCAUGAAGAGGUGAAGUGACGGGGAAGUAACAAGGUACUGCUUCAACGGCAUCUUUCUGGAAUAAGUAGAUGGAACGUCAAGAGAAGAAGAAGAAAAGAAAAAAAAAAACAGAGGCGGCAAGCGAUGUUUGCA